CUAACUCUGAUCCAGCUCACUCAAAGAAAGCGUUCUCAACUUGCUUGGUGGCCACACCUCUCCCGUCGACCCCGUCUGAAUCUGCAGUCAGAAGCUUCUUUCCUAUGAUCUAUGCACCAUCCUCUCUGUUUCCAGGGCGACCGUCUGAUCAUCAAAGGAGGAAAGAUUGUCAAUGACGACCAGUCGUUCUACGCUGAUAUCUAUAUUGAGGAUGGGACAAUCAAACAGAUCGGCGAGAACCUGAUUGUCCCGCCCGGCGUGAAAACGGUGGACGCAUAUGGUCAGCUGGUGAUCCCUGGAGGAAUCGACGCCAACACAAACCUGUACUCACCGCAGAAAGGCCUGAACCCGGCAGAUGACUUCUACCAGGGAACUAGAGCCGCCCUGUCCGGAGGAACCACCACCAUUAUGGACCACGUGCUGGUGGAGCCGGGGACUAGUUUACUAACGGCAUUUGACCAGUGGAAAGAUGCGGCAGAGCAGAGGGCGUGCUGCGACUUCUCCCUCCAUGUGGACAUCACCCGCUGGCACGAAGGGCUGUACGAGGAGCUGGAGACACUUGUCAAGGACAAAGGGGUGAACUCCUUCCUCUUCUUCAUGGCCUACAAAGAUAAGUACCAGAGCUCCGACUCUCAGCUCUAUGAGGCCUUCAGUGUCCUCCGUGAUCUCGGAGCCAUCGCGCAGGUCCAUGCUGAGAAUGGUGACAUCAUUGAUGAGGUAACUGAGCAAAACUCUGACUGUUCAUUUAAUAAAGAGCAGAAAACUGAAAGUUGGUGUUUCACAGUUGGCUUGAAUCAGUUAAAUGAGUCCAAACUAAGGAUGAGCAUAAUGCAAACAGAAGCUGGAGACAACUGUUUGUGUCUUGAGGUGACCGUUGAUGUGAUUUGGCGAUAU